UCACCCUCUCUAUCCGAUGUAUUUUCAGAUUUCUAACACUUAUUAGAGCCCAUGCUUUUGCGGUGGUUACUAGCAUCAGCAUGUUUGUGCCUAAUACGAAUAGCAGGCGCCGAUUCACUCUACGAACCCAGUGACCCAAUUUUGCAACUGGAACUGGACACCUUCGAUGCAGCUGUAUAUAACUCGAAGAAAGCGCAUUUUGUUGAAUUCUAUUCGAGCUGGUGUGGAGCAUGUAUCGGCUAUGCACCAACUUACAAGCAGUUUGCCAAGCAAAUAGCUUCAUGGAAGCCUUUUGUCGAGGUCGUGGCUGUCAACUGUGCAGAUGACAAAAAUAUGCCUUUAUGUCGUGAUCACUCAAUCAGCGGAUUCCCAACUGUGAAGUACUUCAAGCCUCGCUCAACUAGUAAAAAUGAUGGUGUGGUAUAUCGUGGAAACAAGUAUGAGCUGGACAAAGUGGAAAGAGACAUCGCGACUUUUGUCCAUGAUGACUACAAACAAAUGAAUCACGAACUGUUGCCCAUGUUUGAACCUGUUGAUAACUCCAAAACAUUAGCUGAUAUGUGGAAUACUGCUGGUCCUGCUAACUUCUUGGGAGUAAUGGUCCAGGAGAAUCCUGCAUCUAUAGCAUGGGCUCUUGCCAUGAACUUCCACAAUGAUCGUAACAUCCGCGUUGUCCUAGCACGUCCGCAGCAUCCCGAAGUUUCAAAGCAGCUAGGACAUGAUGCUAACAACCGUUUCAUGUUGUUCCACCGCGGAGAAUCAACUCCAGUCUGGACCAGCCCAAGCGACGCAAAGUGGACCGAUAUCCAUGAUAAAGUUAUGGAAUUUGUCACUCAUGUCGCUGCUCCUCCAAAAGGCGAGAAGACACCCGCUGUCGAACCACAAGCUCCUGCUCCUGCUGCAGAGAUCGACAUGUCACAGUACAGAGUCGAAUUGGCUGAUAUGAAGAGCACAAUAAGCUACAUGCUUUUCCAGGAAAUUGCGAGACAGCAGGUCGUUGAAGGAGAAGAUUUGGCUGGACUCAAGUCAUGGAUCCAUGCAGUUAGUAAAUAUGCUCCCACCACCACUCCCAUAAGACGUCUUUUGUAUCGUAUGGAUCAGUGGCUACAGAAUCAAGGUCCCAGCAUGAGUUAUGAGGACUGGACAAGGAAACUGGAAGAGGUCCACACCGAUCUUGGAAAUCCUUUGCCUAGAGAAAUUGAGUGGGUUGCAUGCAAAGGUUCCAAGCCUCAUUUUCGCGGAUACACUUGUGGUGUCUGGGUAUUGGCACACGCUAUGGCAGCGGAAGCAUACAAACAAGAAGCCAACAACGCUACAUUCAAACCUGUCGAAGAAUUUUUGGACCCAUUUUAUCAUUUCGUCGUCAAGUUUUUGAGCUGUGAAUGGUGUGCCAAAAACUUCAGAAAAGAGGCUGUCAAUUUCAAGAUGAAGGAAGUUGCUACCAGAGAACAAUUGGUUAUGUGGUUAUGGCGCGUACAUAACUUCGUCAACAAACGUCUAUCGGGUUAUCAUAGCGACGAUCCGAAAUUCCCCAAGAGACAAUUCCCACCACCGGUUCUGUGCAGCCAAUGCUACACUCCAGAUGGUGCUUUCGAUGAGGAGGAAGUGUUGAAGUUCCUAGUCAGAUACUUCAGCGACAUCCGGCAAGACUCCGUUCAGGCCCCUCCCGAGUACAAAGUGAACGAGUAUAAGGACGGAAAACUUCAGGCCGUCGGAGCGCGUCACCUCAAUCCGAAGUUUGCUGUUCAUGCAGAGAAGGUGAGUAACCUGGAAGAGGCAGAGGAGCGUCUAAGAAAAGAGAUUGACGCUAGCCCGCAAAGACAAUGGAGAGAUAUUGAAGGAUAUGAAAAUCUGAGCACCUCAGGUCGGACACAGUUCUACUUUAUUUGGUUGAUGGUUAUUGGAAUUGUUAUUGUCUUCGCUUACUGCAAAUACCGAAGGAAUCGAUCGAAAUUUUGGAAGACGUUCUACUACCACAACGACUUCAAAUUAUGCCCGUGGUCGUCGGACUCAACCGGUAGGAAAUAUGCGGCUUAGCAUAGCGCAAAUCAUUAGUAUAUAGCGUUGUUAUACGUAGUGUUCUCCUUGUUGUCACAAACUGUUGACGUUGUUCUCAUGUUCAAAGUUGUUUUGUGUCAAUCUCUUGUCAGCUAUCACUUUAGUAUUUAUUGAAGUUGAGUCUUUGUUGGGUAUCGAUUCCUCGAUUGUUCAUAAUAUCUGAUACGCAGUAAUACGAGUUUCUAAAAUUAUGUGCUUGUAAAAAAAUCUUUUAUUUUUCUCGUGAUAAUAAUGACCAGUAAACGGAUGUAC